AUACCAUUUCGAUAGAUUAGCGAUAAUGGUAAUUCAGUUGAUAACAGAAUGUUCCAAAAAUUGCUUCUAGGAAAUUAGUUUUUACAGUUAAUGUGUGAGCAUUAUCAUUUUCUUGUGAUGAGGACUACCCUGAAGGUCUAGUGACUAUAUUGAUGGUUUUGUGGAGGCAAAACGCUUGGAAAAUGUCUUUCGUCGAUCUUUUCUUGGAAACCGCCAAACAUUAUGUUGGAAACGUGUACGAUUUCUACCUUUGGACAUUAUCGUUAGCGGAUGAGAGGACGAAAGGAUGGCCCUUGGUAGACUCCCCAGUUCCUAUGCUCACCUACAUUGCCAUAUAUCUCUUAAUUGUAUGGGCCGGACCUAGGUAUAUGAAAAACCGACCCCCUUUCAAACUGAACUGGCUGCUACUUCCCUACAACUUUUGCAUGGCCGCCCUGAAUGCCUACAUAGCCGCUAAGUUACUGAUUGCUUCCACUAGACUACGUUACAGCUACAUUUGCGAGCCAUGCAGACAAAGAUUCCACCCGGAUGAAUUACAGAUAACGGACGCAGUUUGGUGGUAUUAUUUCUCCAAGCUGUUAGAGUUUUGCGAUACCAUCUUCUUCAUUUUACGAAAGAAAGAUCAGCAGUUGACCUUCCUCCAUGUCUACCAUCAUUCGACGAUGUUCUUCCUCUGGUGGAUAGGAAUUAAAUGGGUGCCUAGUGGAUCAUCUUUUCUCCCUGCUAUGGUCAAUUCUGGAAUCCAUGUUCUGAUGUAUUCUUACUACGGUUUAGCAGCACUAGGACCCGCUAUCAGCAGAUAUCUCUGGUGGAAAAAAUACCUGACUAUCCUUCAAAUGAUUCAAUUCACCACUGCCUUAAUAUUAGGAGUCAAUGGAAUAAGGACCGGUUGUGAAUUUCCGUUGUGGAUGCACUACACUCUCAUAUUUUACAUGCUCUCUUUCAUCGUCUUGUUUGGAAACUUCUACGUCAAGGCCUACUUAGAAAAAGGAAAUCAGGUCUUCUUCGGAAUGGACGUCGGAUGUGGACAAGGAAAUACUUACCAGGAGAAGGCACGAAACGGUUGCAAUAAUUCCUUGCGCUCAAAAGAUGACUGAUAUUUUGUUAUUAAGAUGUGUUAUCUUAGUAUUAAGAACUUUUCUAUUUUCGGAAAGACCCUAGUUAUACAUAUGAAGGUACUUUUUUUAGUAUUGAUUAAAAAAUUACA